GCGUGCGCGCGGGCCGCCUCGAAGGCGGGAGAGGGAGGAUGCGGCCAGGGAGGCCGAGGGAGGGGAAGGAGGACCGGCCUCACCUCCUCCCGACCCCGCCUUUCGCCCCGAGGAAGGCGCCGACCGACCCGUCCUCCCUCCGUGUCCUCCCUCCGUGUCCUCCCGGCUUCUCCGGUGGCCCUCCAGGCCUCCCCCCUCGCCAUGCAGGCCGCGUCUGCCAUGUAGGCGGUCCUCCCCACCGUCAUGGAGACCCCGGCGGGGCCCGAGGAAGGGGAGGUGACCUCGGGCCUGCAGGCCUUGGCCGUGGAGGAUCCCGCGGGCCUCCCCGCCCCAGCUCCGCCAGCCCCCCAGGAAGGCGGGGAGGAGCAGGGCCAAGGCGGGCCGGAGGAGAGGCACGAAGAAGAGGAAGAGGAGGCGGGGGGGGAAGGGACCGAGGGACAACCGUUGGGGGAGGAGGAGGAGGAGGAGGAAGAAAGGGCGGAGGAUUGGUGCGUGCCCUGCAGCGAUGAGGAGCUGGAGCUGCCCGAAGCCGGGGAGCCCUGGAUGCCUCCCCCCGCCGAGAUCCGCAGGCUCUAUGAGCUCCUGGCCGACCACGGCACCCUGGAACUGCAGGCCGAGGUCCUCCCCCGACGCGUCCCCACCCCCGAAGCCCAGAGCGAGGAGGACAAGUCGGAUGAGGAGCCCGAAGCCGAGGAGGAGGAGGAGGAGAAGCCCCACAUCCCCACGGAGUUUGACUUUGACGAUGAGCCGAUGACGCCCAAGACAUCCCUGAUCGACAGAAGGCGCAACCCAGGCAGCUCAGCCCGGAGUCAGAAGCGAGAGGCCCGGCUCGACAAGGUGCUGUCGGACAUGAAGCGACACAAGAAGCUGGAGGAACAGAUUCUGCGGACGGGCCGGGAUCUCUUCAGUCUGGAUUCCGAGGAGGAGCCCGCCCCUUCCACCAACCCAGUCCGAACCCCGGGCAGCGGCCUCUUUCUGCGCCAGCGCAAAUACUGACAUGGACUGGAGGGACCGGGGGUGGGAACGGCGCUUCUGCACAAGUGACCCCACGAGGCGCCCCAGUCUCCCGGUCCCAGCCUCGGGGAGCCGGGGUGGAGGCGGAGAAGGGGUGGUAAGGUCCGUGACUCUCACCGAGAGGCAGUAAUAUCAGACUUCUGUUGUUCUUAAUCUACUGUUUGUGUCUGAAAUAAAACCUGGAAGAAUAUUCCCUCCAUGGAGAGGAGAGAAGAA